AAGUAGCAUCUCCUGGUUUUCGAAGUUAUGGCGGAGUCGAGUAAACGGCAGCGGAUUAGCCGCAUUCAGAACAUUUUACAGAAUGCUUCUCCAGUAGCUAUUGGUUCCUUUGUGGAGGGCUCCAUACGUCGCAUCACAAUGAAAAACUUCCUGACGUAUGACUACUCUGAGGUGUAUCCUGGUCCAAACCUGAACAUGAUUGUUGGAGCCAAUGGAACUGGAAAGUCCAGCAUCGUGUGUGCCAUAUGCCUGGUUCUGGCUGGAAAGACUGCAACACUGGGGAGAGGAGACAAGGUUGGGCUUUAUGUGAAGCGUGGCUGCCAAAAAGGUUUUGUUGAGAUAGAACUGAACAGAAAUGCAGGAAACUUGGUGAUUAGCAGAGAGAUCCAUGUAGAGAACAAUCAGUCAAUCUGGAUGAUAAAUGGUGGAAUGAGCAACCAGAAAAGGGUAGAAGAGGAGGUCAAAGCUCUGCAGAUCCAAGUCAGCAACCUCUGCCAGUUUCUGCCUCAGGAGAAAGUUGGAGAGUUUGCAAAGAUGUCCAAAAUUGAAUUGCUGGAGGCAACUGAAAAGUCCGUCGGUCCUCCAGAAAUGUACAACUAUCACUGUGAGCUCAAAAACUUUCGCAACAAAGAACGAGAAUUAGAGAAUGUUGUGAAGGAAAAGGCAAGCUUCCUUGAAAAAGCCAAGCAGAGGAAUGAGAGGAACAAGCAUGACGUGAAUCGUUAUUAUGAAAAAAAAAGACAUCUGGAUGUGAUCGAGUUGCUUGAAAAGAAGAAACCAUGGGUGGAAUAUGAGACCACCCGUAAGGAGCUGGAGGGGGUGAAAAUGGAGCGAGAAGAGGCCAAAAAGCAGCUCUCUGCCCUCAGGCAGUCCCAGGCACCCAUGUUAAAGAAGAUCCAACAGAUUGAUGACAAGCUGAAGCCCACAGAGGCACAACUGAAAUCUAAGACUGCAGCAAUCAAAGAAACCUCUGUAAACUACAAAAGGAAACAGGACCAUCUGGAUCAGAAAAACAAAGAGAUCGACGACAUUAAGCAGAAUCUGCGGCUGAAGCAGACUGAAGAAGAGGACCACCAGAAGCGGAUCAGUAACACCAGACGAACCAUCGAAGAUUUGAAGUCGGAGCUGGCCAAAAUCGCCGACCAGCCAGACGUAACGCCACAGAUCAAUGCUGUCAAUGUGGAGCUGAGGCGUGUCCAUGUGGAGCGAGCCAAGAUUGAGGGAGAUAAGACUGACCUGCGCAGGGAGAACGACAACAUCACUGCUGAGUCCAAAAUGUUGGAAAAGAAGCUGAAGGACAUGAACAAUAUGAUGAAUGCCAAAGAAGAAAAGCUGCGAGGGCGCCACAGGGACACCCACACUGCCCUCCAGUGGCUAAGGAAGAACCGAGAUUUAUUUGAAGGAAAUGUCUAUGAGCCCAUGAUGCUGGUGCUCAAUGUAAAAGAUCCUCGCUAUGCUAAGUAUGUGGAGAACCACAUCUCUUUCCAUGACCUGCGGGCCUUCGUCUUCCAGAGGAAAGACGACAUGGAGAAGUUCAUGACUGAGGUCCGUGACAAGAUGGACUUGAAGGUUAACUCCAUCUGUGCUCCAGAAGAGUCGUGCUCUAAGCGGCAGCCAUCCAAAAGCAUUGAGUCGCUGAGACGUUUUGGCUUCUACACAUACCUCCGUGAGAUGUUUGACGCUCCUGAAGAGGUGAUGAGUUACCUUUGUUUCCAGUACAAGGUGCACGAUGUGCCAGUGGGCAAUGAUCAGACCAAAGCGAUCAUCAAAACGGUGAUUGAGGAGCCCUACCUGAAGGUGUUAUUCACAACAGAUGAGAGAUACACUGUCAAAACGUCCAUCUAUUCCAAGAAAAUAAGCACCAGCAACUCUGCCGUGCACCCCUCUCAGUACCUUUCAAUAACUGUGGAUGCUGUACAGAAACAGCAGGUGGAACAGCAGAUGAAGACCUGUGCUUCAAGAUCACGUGAGAUUGACGAGCAGAUGAAAGCCCUGCAGAAGGAGGCUGCUGCUCUGGAUCGCAAAGAAAAUGAACUGUUGUCAGAAAAGAAACGACUUUCUGAGCUUAAAGGGAAGAAGAGACAACUGGAACAGAAAAUCAGCACCAAACAGGACAGUCUGAAGCAGAUGGAGCAGAGUGUUAUUGACCUGAAGAAAGUUGAAGAGGUAACUAAUAAAAAAAUUAAGGCCGCCAAUCUACAGAAAGUGACCAUAGUUGCAGCAAUCGUCGAUCAAGUCAAGCUGAAAGCAAAGUUAACAAUGGAGAAGGUGUACCUGGCCUUGGAGAUGGCGGGGUUGACUGCGGAGAAGGCUAAGCUUGAAAAUGACUGCAGGGAAGGCGCCUCUGAAUUUAAAACUAUGGAACAAAGAUGCAGCCGCCUGGAGCAGAGAAAGAUUCAGCUGACAGAGCAGUGCAAGGGCCUGUUGAAGAGGGCAAAGUCAAACUGUCGGAUGCAGCCAGAUGAGGCGAUAUCAGAAGAUCUGCGUAAUGUUAGUGCUCAUCCUCCAUUCUUAUUAAUCAUUAUGUCAUUGCAGGCGUUCAGUAAACUGCCUGACACACUGGAUGAGGUUGAUGUCAUGCUGAAUGAGGAACGCUCCAGAGCUGAGUGCUUCACUGGUCUUAGUGAAAAUGUUGUUGAAGAGUACAAUAAGAGAGAGCAGGAGAUCAAAGUUCUUGAGAAAGAGCUUCAAAUAAAGACAGAUGCCUUGAAUGCCUACAGACAGAAUAUAUCUGAGGUCAAGGAACGCUGGCUGAACCCUCUGAAGCUGCUGGUUGAACAGAUAAAUGACAAAUUCAGUGAAUUCUUCCGCUCCAUGCAGUGCGCAGGAGAGGUGGAUUUGCACUCGGAGAAUGAGGAGGAAUAUGACAAGUAUGGGAUCCGCAUUCGUGUGAAGUUCCACAGCAGCACACAGCUCCAUGAGCUGACGGCUCACCAUCAGAGCGGAGGCGAGCGGAGCGUCUCCACUAUGCUUUAUCUGAUGGCCUUACAAGAGCUUAACCGCUGCCCAUUCAGAGUGGUGGAUGAGAUCAACCAGGGAAUGGAUCCCAUAAAUGAGAGGAGAGUGUUUGAUAUUGUAGUCCGCACCGCCUGCAAAGAGACAACUUCUCAGUACUUCUUCAUUACCCCAAAGCUUCUACAGAAUCUAGAGUACGCCGAGGAGAUGACCAUUCUCUGCAUCCAUAAUGGGCCUCACAUGCUUCCUCCCAAUGAGUGGAACACGUCAGCUUUCAUCAAACGGCGCCUCAAACAAAAAAACCAUGGCGGAAACCCAUGAAAAAAUGUCUUUACUGACAAUAGUUUUCAGUUGUACAUGCCUAUUUCCUGGUCAUGUUUUUGACUUUCCUUGUUUACAUUUUUUGUCUUUUCUUUUCUACACUGUUUGCACUUUUCACUUUUCAUGCAGGCAUGUUUAUCAUUUUAAAUGAAGCACAAAUAUUGGAAGUUGUGGUAAUGUGGCCAAACGGAUUAAAUUCUUUUUAAAAGCACUUUACGGUUUCUC